GGGGGGCAAAUUCUCAACGAGGGAUAGCUUCUUCCAACAAUCAACCAAUUUCAAUUCGCGCGCAUGGAACUUCACGCAAACUCAAUUCUUUCCAAUUGGCUCUGGCUUGCAUCACCGUCGAAGCCUCAUGUACAAAAAUAGAGAAGCUCCUGGGGGCGGGGCGGACCCGGAAGGUAGAGUAGUCCCAUGCUGAAGCGAUUUUACCACCAAUAAGCAUCUUUCCGGACAUGCAAAGAUCAACAGGAUAUAAUGUCCCGAUGCCCCCAAUGUACCCAGGUACCUUUUCAUCCUCUCUGUGACAAUACUCAAUUGAUCCUGUCAACAGCCAUUGUUGAUACAAGAUAGGAAAGCUCUACCGUGCUCUUUCCGCACCUGAAUUGAAGCUUCCGAGCUUCCGAGCUUCCGUUCAUCUCGUUGAGCUUUGGCAAGAUACUCUGCAGAGACGAAACAACAUUACAGAACAUCAUUCAAGAUGGCGACGACUGGAGCGGAUGUGCACGGCGAGAAGGCCGAUAUUGAAAGCUUGAAGGCCCACAACCACGAACAUGCUGAAGUGCUAGCUGAUAAGGAUGUUAUGAACGAUGCUUUCGAGGGGGAAACUCGAGAGCACGAGAUGGGCAUGUGGGAGGCUGCCAAACAACAUCCCAUGGCUUGCUUUUGGGCAUUUACCUUUUGUUUCACCAUUGUGAUGGAAUCGUUCGACAUGUUCUUGAAUGGCAAUUUUGUUGCACUAGGGUUUUUCCAAAAGACUUACGGUGUCCAACAAUCUGAUGGAUCAUUCGCCGUAGAAACAAAAUGGCAAAGUGCACUCUUUCAGGCAGGUCAAUGCGGUGCCUUCGUUGGUGUCUUCUUGGCUGGCCCUGUUACCAACCGUCUUGGAUACCGUUGGACUACAAUUAUUGGCUUGAUCAUGAUGAAUGCCACAAUUUUCAUCUCUUUCUUCGCCGAUUCUCUCGCCGUACUUACAAUCGGUCAAGCAUUCGAAGGUGUUCCUUGGGGAUUUUUUAUCGCAAAUGCUCCAGCGUAUGCAAGUGAAGUCGUUCCUCUCUCACUUCGAGGUGCAUGUACUGCUACUCUUCAAAUGUCUUGGUCUAUUGGCAGUAUAAUUGUCGCUGCUGCCACAUAUGGUUACAACAAAAAGAAUAGUUCAUGGGCCUGGAGGGCGCCUCUUGCUUUGCAAUGGCUUUUCCCCACUCCACUCUUGAUCCUUAUCUUCUUCGCCCCAGAAUCGCCUUGGUGGUUGAUACGACGAGGUCGCAAGGAAGAAGCUCUUCGAUCCAUUACGCGUCUUGGUAAUAAAUCUGAAGGUUAUGCUGAAGGUCAAAUUGCCAUGAUGGAGCGCACCGUUGAGAUUGAAAAGAAAUUAGGAGGAGACCCAACUCUUCUUGACCUCUUCAGAGGUACUGAUUUGAGACGAACAACUAUCACUUGCUUGAUGUACGCAUCACAAAAUUUUGCUGGAAAUCUUAUUGCGAAUCAAGCUACCUUUUUCUUCGAGCAAGCCGGAAUCUCCCCAGACUUUUCUUUCAAACUUAAUUUGAUUAACUCAUGCCUUCAAUUGGUUGCCAAUGUAUUUUCGUGGCCUCUCACCGCCAGAUUCGGUCGUCGAACAAUCUACCUUUGGGGUACAGCAACCAACGUCACUCUCCUCUUCAUUCUUGGUAUCUGCGCCUCCAUUCCACAGAAUAGCCAGACCAACUACGCUCAAGCAUGCUUGGGAAUAAUUAUUUCGUUCGUCUUCGCCGGAACUCUCGGUCCAAUUUCGUACAGCAUUAUUGCCGAAACAUCCUCUGUCCGCCUUCGUGCUUUGAGCACCGGUGUUGGUCGUGCUGCCUACUACGUUGCAGAAAUUCCUAUGAUUUAUCUUGCCUCACAAAUGCUUAACUCAACCGGAUGGAAUCUUGCAGGAAAGUGCGGAUUUGUUUGGGGUAGCACCGCUGUUGUCUGCUGGGUCAUGGCCUACUUCUUCCUUCCCGAGCUCAAAAAUCGCUCUUACCGCGAAACCGACAUUCUUUUCAACCGAAAGAUUUCUGCAAGGAAAUUCAAGUCGACUGUCAUUAGUGUUACGGAUAACGACUAAGGUGGUGUUGGUACAAGAUUAAAAGAGUAAUAUACCUUGUAAUUAGAAAUGGGUGGGAUUCGUAAUUCAUGUCUUGCCUCCCAAGUAGUAGUCAAGAGCAUCACUAUAGAAUAUAGAAAUUAGAUAGAACAUAGAAACGAAAUAUAGAGCACGUAUCAUUCUUA